AUGAGUCCACAUCCACAUCAACAACACGAAUUUCCAAAUCUCAUAAAUCAAAUAAAAGAACAAGUUCCAAUAGAAAAUGUCGGUUUACCAAAUAUAGAAAAGCCCAGUCUACCACCUUUAGCUCUUCCUACGUUGCCAAUAGACGAAAAUAUGGACUCGGCAAGUAAGAUGAGAGAAAAAGAGCCCGUGAAACUAUUACGUCCGUUACCCAAUAUCCAAACGUACGUGAACGUGGAAUUUCGAUACACAAUUCAAGUGACAAAAGAUUAUUUCGAGUUUCAGAGUGGUCAGCAACCGUCUCAGUUACAUUUUACCGCGUCUUUUUCUCCGCAAAGUUCCUCGAAGUGGGUUAGAUUUGAUUCUCCGACUAGGGAGUUUUCUGGGAGACCUUUGCCAGAUUCGGCAAGGAAUACGACCGUUAAUUUGAAUAUUGAAGAUCCAGGUAGAGGUACCGUGGAAACAUCGAUGCAAAUUUUGGUAUCGGAUCUUCCUUCAAGAGUAAAUAAUCACAAUGGACUCUCACGAAAACAGAUUGUGCUUGUCGCAAUAAUUCCUUCAUUGCUUGGACUUUCUGUUUUGGGAAUUAUCGGAUUUCUUAUUUUCAGAAAAUGGAAUAACAGGCGAGAACAUGAGGCUGCGUUAAAACGAGCACUUCAAAAUUCUAGAACAAUCAAUUGGCAUCAUGUUAUUCAAACGACAACAACGAUGACAACGACAAAUCUCCACAAAAGUUUGAUUGAACGACGGAGAGAAUACAUCGACACAUACAAUAGUAAUACUAACGCGGAUCAAAGUGAAAUCGAUUCGAUUAGAAGUGAUGUGGCCACAAAAAGCACUUGCACUAGAAGAACGUCCAGUCCAAGUUCCUCUUAUUCUGAAGGAUCAUACGAUUCUUUUCAUAAAAACCGGAAGCAACAUGAAUACACGGAUCACAGUAUCGGACGUUCAAUAUUGAGCCGAUCUGCUCCACUUCAUUUACCGAGUGAUGUUAUUACGACGAUGGGUGGUAGUGGUCAUCUACAUGGUGAUCAAUCUCGGUCAUCAUCGUAUAGUUCAAUUCCUGAAGAAGAGAAACAAAAUGCGUUGACAAAAGAUAUAUUAGAGGAAUUGUUUCCCAAAUCAUUGGAGCGUAAUUACAAUCUCGAGCUUAAAGAAUACCCAAACAAAUCAUCAUCAAUGAAAACAUUCAAAAUUUGUCGCACCCCUUCGCCCAAUGCAACUUGCAUAACUAUGAUAAAAGCUGAAAUCGGCGUACCAUUCCAACACCAUGUAACACUUUCGAAAACCACAUGUGCUCGAAAAAAAGAUUAUAUCGUAGUCACAGCACCAAAUUACCAACAACUACCGCCGUGGCUUCAUUUCAAGAAAAUUGAGAUGGUCAUCUGGGGAAUACCAACAAUAGACAAUAAAGGCCGCACGCACGUACAAAUCUACGAGUAUUGUGGCGACGAAGAGAAUGGUGUCCAGUUGCCUGACGCGAAGAUGGCUAGUGGAUUGGGAAUAAAGUGGCCAAGAGAAAUCCAUGAGGAUGAUUGGAAGUUACUUGAGGAGUUUGUUGUUGUGGUUCAAGAUGAGGAUGAAUUGGAAGAGAAUUCAGGAUAA